UUCCUUUACAACAGUGCGAAUUUCAUGACAAAGAUACAUGUGGUCGCACAAAAAGUGUAAACCAUGCUUUCUUCUUCUUCUUUUCUUUUCUAGUUUUUAGAUAAAUAAAAAAAAAUCAAGUUAUAAAUGGAUUGAGGGUCAUCUCUUUCCUUGUCUUUUCUUUUUAUCUUUCUCCCUUUGGGCUGGCAAUGCUUAGUCCAAUAUUAAAGCUUGCAUCUAAUGUUCACUCAAUUGAAAAAUUAUGUUGAAAAUGCAGUUAAUCAUUAAGCCAGUGAUUGUUCAGUAUGUGGUAUGAACAAAUCGAGGAAAAUUUACCACUUUUGUUGACGUGCCACUUCAAAAGGAUGCCACGUGAUCAAUGAUCGUUUUCUUUUUUACAUUUAAAAAUGUAAAAAGCUAAAUGCUGUAAAAUUAAAAUUUUCACUACUUCUCGUUUACAAAAUUCUGAAUUAUUAUUUCCUUGAGGGAAUAUAGGUUGAAAUCUAAGGUUGGGGUCAUCUGCUCAAAUAAUUAACAUUUAGGUGCUCAAUUUGGAAAUACUUUUCAUUUUAGGGGAUUUCUAUUUCCUUUCCCUUUCAUUUCUUCUCUUUCUAGGUUAUGGUGGAAGGCAUAGAACAGAAUAACCAGACAUCCAGAAUUUUCUCUCUCGUAGAGUUGCUUCAAGCUAGCUAGCGCCAUAUAUAUAUAUAUAUAUAUGUAUAUAUUGAGGAGAGAGAUGAUUCAAGGAAAUUAACAAUCGCAAUGAUGAGAUAAGUAGAUGAUGUUGACGAUGAUGGCAAGUUCAAGAGAAGGUUAUCAAGCAAAGCAAGAGGGUGACACAACCACUAAUAUUGACAAGUUCUCCAAGGCAUCUUCUACUACUUCAAGACAAUGGUCAGCGUUCAGAAAUCCAAGAAUUGUGAGAGUGUCUCGUUCUUUUGGAGGGAAAGAUAGGCAUAGCAAGGUUUGCACCAUAAGAGGGUUGAGGGACAGAAGGAUUAGGCUCUCGGUUCCCACAGCUAUUCAGCUAUAUGAUCUUCAAGACAAGCUUGGACUAAGCCAACCAAGCAAAGUGAUAGAUUGGUUGCUUGAAGCCACUAAAUUUGACAUUGACAAGCUCCCUCCACUCCAAUUCCCUCAGGGUUUUGGUCAAUUUCAUCAUCAUCCACAAACCCUAUUCCCUUUUCAUGAAUCAAGUGCUGCCUCUCAUCAGCUGUCUCUUGGACCCUUCAGUGAUGCUAGCUCCACUUUUGUGAGGGAUGGAGGGAUUCAAAACCUCAUGGCAAAGUCAAGGUAUUGGGAGAACAUAAACUCAAUGUCAAGAUUAAGAGGCAAUAAGGAAGCUGAAAAGGGCAAGUGGAUCAAAACAAGUGAAGAAGAGAAUCAUGAUCAAGAUGGUGUUGUUGGAGGUUACAACAACUUGCAAGUUUCUACUCAAAGGCUUUUCCCAAUGGGUAGUAGUAGUACUACUACUACUCACUCCCUUUUACCUGGUUUGUUAAACAAUUCCAUGCCAUAUAACGCCUACAGUUCUGAGCCUUCUAGUUUAUCUUUAUCCCAAUUUGGAAGCCAUGGAUUGUUCCCUUCUCAACAAGUAGAUCCUAAUCCAAGCAGUGGCAACAAUGGUGUGCAAUUCCAAUCUUCUUUGUCAUUACCUUCAUCGGGCUCUCAAUUAUUGUUUGGCUCAUCUUCUGCUACACCAUCAAUGUUCACCACCUAUGCUCCAUUUAUUGCACCCUCAGUGGACCCUGAUCCAAGACAGUUCAACCACAUUCAUCAGUUCUUGAACUCAGGCUCUCAAAUCUUGCCUCCUCAUCCUCUCAUACCAUCUCUUCAUCACCCAUUCAAUUCACAGAUCAGACCCUUCCCAGCAGCACUCUUUAGUUCAAAGCUUUUGGAUUCAGACAGCAGCAACCAUAGCCAACAAGAUCAUAAGGGUAGCACUUCUUGAAUCUCCUCAUGACCAUUGUUCCUUCCAAAGAUGUUAGAUUGUACUGUGGCUCUAUGCAGGCCUUAUAUUGUUGUGAAAUUAAGGAUCCUGUGAGAUGGUAUUCUUCAUAGAAAUCACUCGAAGCUAAAGCACAUUAUAUUUUUUCCACUUUCAAGUUUCAAUUACCAAGGUGAGUACAUGCACGUUUGUAGGUAUGGCAAUGCUAGCUAUACAUAUGAGAACAGUAUAUUUUGUAUUUGAAUCUUUGUGAUUUCAGCUAUACGUACCUUAUUGACAAACCAUUUCUGGGUACAAGUUAUAAUAAGUACCAAGAUACUAAAUAGAGUUCUCUUUC